GCGGGGCACGCUGGGGCCGGCGCGCGGGCUGCCGGGAACGGGGCGGAGCGCGGCCGCGCCGGCGCGUCGAGGGGGAGAGGCAGCCGCCGCGAUGGACGUGUUCCUCAUGAUCCGGCGCCACAAGACCACCAUCUUCACGGACGCCAAGGAGUCGAGCACCGUGUUCGAGCUGAAGCGCAUCGUCGAGGGUAUCCUCAAGCGGCCGCCGGAUGAGCAGCGGCUGUACAAGGACGACCAGCUUCUGGACGACGGCAAGACAUUGGGCGAGUGUGGCUUCACCAGCCAGACAGCACGGCCUCAGGCCCCCGCCACUGUGGGGCUAGCCUUCAGGGCAGAUGAGGCAUUCGAGGCCCUACGCAUCGAGCCCUUCUCCAGCCCACCUGAGCUGCCGGACGUGAUGAAGCCACAGGACUCAGGAAGCAGCGCCAACGAACAGGCUGUGCAGUGAGAGGCCUCCCCAAACUGUCCCCCCUAAAUAAAAGAUUUGGGCGUCCACCUGGUUGCUGCCUCUUUCUGCACACCCUCUCCUGUGUCAGGCGUGCCCCUUCCUGGUGUGUGGCCCACCCUCAGCCUCUUCCAGCCCAGCCUUCUCAGCCUGGGGACAGAAAGGUCUUCCGCUUUGUUUCUUCAGGGCAGCACCCUCCUUGGGGGCAGGGGACACAGCCAGAAAGCAAAGGCAGCUCCUCUCCUAGCCCUCCCACCCCCAAUAAAGUUUGUAGACCCAA